AUUGGUUUACAUGUCUCCAAUAAAUCAUUUGCCUCUAGAGAUAAUUGACUACAUUAUAAAAUUUGCUAGCGCUGAUAUACGUCGUACCAAAUCACGAACACAACUUACACUCGUAUGUCGGAACUGGAUGCAGCCCGCCCAAAGAGAACUCUAUAGCAUGAUAUGCAUCAAAAACCGAAAUCAUGUUCAUCAAUUCAUUCGUACAAUUACUACUCUAAAUUCCUUCUUGGGCGGCUAUGUCAAGACCUUGGAAAUAAACAAUGUGUUUGAUACAGAUUUCAGCAGCAUCGAAAACCAAGGUUUAUUCAGCCAACUUGUCAAGCAUUGCCCUAAUUUAGAAGAGUUGAAACUGAGCUAUACUUGUCGUCUGCUUUGGACUCGACUCCUAUAUGAACUUCUAGAAGGAAAUUGGAAGUAUUUGAAUGUCAUCCCAUACCCCCGAGAAAACAACGAACUUCACAGCUAUUGUUUUACUGCGAUGGCCCUCCAGAACAGAAUCAGAAAAUUAUAUGUGGGUGAUUGUACACCCGUCUCAAACCACCAAAUGCUCAACAGUCCUUUUGAUAUGAUCAUCAGUAGACUAAAACAAUUUGAGUGUCUUCAAUUUCUUGAUAUUUGGUUAUACAACAUCAGAUCAUUGUUUGAAUACAACACUAUCAUUGAUUCUUGUUCAGAACUGGAAGAACUCUGUAUUCAUCAUUUUAGAAAAGAAAUUGUUCCCAAAUCAACUCUUUGCAGCCAGCUUGAUCAUACGUCAAUAAUCCCAAACUUGCGUGUCCUCAGACUAUAUGUAGUGGGUAUUGAAUUAUCGCAAGAUACGCUUGUUUAUCUGAUGCACAAAUUCCCAAAUUUGACAUUACUCUUCUUUGAAUCAGCCUAUAUACCAGCAAAUUCUCUGUUUUCGUCUCGCGUCUUGGAGAAAUUUAAAAGAUACACAAAUAGGAUAGACAACCUUUUUAUCAAUGGAUUUCAUGAAGAUGACAUGGCGAAGCUCUUGAUGACGACUCCUCUUAACGAAUAAAUGGACGCGUUUACUGCUUUUAUUUGAUACCAAUGGAAUAACCA